ACAGGCAAAGGUUGUAUAUUUUGGAGCCACCUUCCUUAUACUGAGUCAAAAUGGGGACUGACUUUUCAUGCUUAAAAAUAGAAUAUUUUGGUUUUCACAACUGCAAGGGCUGCUUUCUCUUUUAUUUUCUGUUUUCCCCUCCCAUUUCUAGAGGUCACAGAAAUGGUGUGUUAAACCACAGUUUACAGUACAGAAUGCAGACACCUGUUGAAUCCUGGAACUUUCUCUUCCCCGAGUGCUUUGUUGAGUUUGUCCUUUUUCUAGCUGGAAGUAUCUCACAGAGUACAUUGCAGCUUUCUGGCCAGGAUUUCAAAAGUAAUUCUCAGAUUGCCUUUGAGGUGUUUAACCUUUAAAAGGCACACAGCAGCUCUCAGACAGGUUGGGACUCGGGGGACAAACAGCAGGAAAUUGCUUAUUCUCUCCUAGCAUGGCUCUGAGGUAGGGGGUACUGACAUGGUAAUGAUCAUUUUAGAACUGUUUCAGAAACAUGGUUUAAAAAUACCGAGAUCUCCAAAUCCUGCUCCCAACUGACAGAAUAGAGCCUGUAGGAUGUCACAGUGACAUUAUGCCAGGUCUGGUUAUUUCUAAUUGAUUAAAUGCAGUAAAAAGGCAUCCAGGGUUAAUUAUGAAAUUGGAGAUGGAGAGCCAGUCCCUGCACUCUAACUUCAUUAUCCUCAUAAGCAAAGGUGCAGAUUUUAUAGCUGGCAUAAUUAUACAAAGAAUAUACACAAUAUGAGUGGUAUUUAGCAUAAAAAGUAACGAAUGCAAUCCACGUCUGGUUGAGAGGAACAGAACCACAAACCCUUUGAUGUAACAAUGAGGCUUUGAAAGGAAUAGAUUGGGUACAGUACUGAACCUGUAAUCUGCUCACUUUAUUGCACUAUAUGGGGAGAGCCUUAUUUAUUUACUACAUAGGAAGUGUUUUCAAUUUUAUAAGUACCUGAAAGAAAUUGCAGCUCAUAAUUAUGUAGCUUUGCUCCACAGAACUCCAUAACACUCGUAAGAACCUCUGGAAUUCAUAGGGACUGUCUGUUAAAUGGGAGACACCCAUCUUGCCUUCAUGCUCUAUCAAAUUCUGUCUUGGUCUGUACUAACAAAGGCAGUCUGGAAAUUGCUUACCAGGAUGUUUACUUUCCAUGCUGUUCUUGGGUUCUGAGCUGAAGCCACUGGAAUCAAAGGCAAAGGCUCCCAUGUGCACUCCAUGACUUCAGCAGUGUUCACCAUCUUAAACCAUUUUGCACUACCUGAAAUACUCAGAGUAGUUGCCUGUGCUCAAUCAUGGUUACCAGAAUUAAAAGUGAAACAGUUUUGUUUUUUCAGUUUUACAAAACUUUGUGUCUGUAGCAGCAUGGAUAGACAAGUUCAAGAGGUGGGUGUGAUGCUGAAGGCAAAUAUAUUCUCCAUAAAUCAGCUUGGAAUCUGGGCCCAAAGGCAUCAUUUUAUGUGAGGGGAAGGCAGAAAGAAUUCUGAAGUUUUGUUGUCCAGUAAUUAGUUGCUUUCUUUUCCCAUGUUCAUAUGCUCUUUUGGAAAAAUAAAUAUUGAAAGUUCUGCUGCUGCCUUUAGUGCUGAAGAACUGCCUUCCUUUUUUCUUGUUUUUAACUUUAUCAGUGUUAAAUCCAGCAAUCUGUUUAAAAAUAUGCUGAUGGUUUGCUGGGCAGUGGUUUAUACCGUGCUCAUUUGUCUCACCACUGGCCUGGGUCCUUCCUUCUCCAUGGUACACUCAAUUUGCUGGUUAGUCAGGGAUGGGGUAAUUCCUACCCUGCAGAAUUAUCAUCCAGCUGGGUAGGAGCUUAUUACAAGACCCUACCAGAACCAUGCUCAGGCACUCAUUUCUUGCAUCCUUUUCAAAAGGUGGCAGAAACUUGAGAAGCCUCCUUUUCUGCAAUGGUCGUUCUACCAAAUCAAGACAUUAACUGCCAGGAUUUCUCUCUUAUGAAUGUGGAGUCAUUGCAGUCAGCUCUCUUUCACACAUGUGGCUUUGCUCUUCCAUUAAAAACAAAUGGGACUUCAAAAGCAAAAACCUGGGAGCAAAUCGGGAUCAGAGAUGUUAUGUUGAACAAGGACUUUGACACUUCAUGGAAGUACAGAAACUGUUGGUCCCCAAAAACACCACUAGGAAGAGGAGUGGUGUGUUCCUUUGGAGAAUUCUCAGAUUGCAGUUAAGUCUUUGAAGCUGGUACAUGAGAAGAAAGAAGGAAAUGUCAUAGUGGUUUUCAGCUUGUACUGGUCAGAGAGGUCUCUUGAGCUGCUCAAACCUAAUGGACAGUGUUGUAAGUCACAGAAAAUUCCCCUUUAUUUUCCUUUCUGCCAGGUUUCAGAUGACUAAAUCAAAAGUAAUCAUCAUAAAAACAAGGUGAGGCAAGAACGUUUUUUUGACCAAAAAAUGUGCUAUUUCUGUCCUGUAAAUUACAUACACAUUCUGCAUCAGCUCCUCUUGCUUUGGAGGCUGUGGUCCACAUACCCCCCGCUGCAAGAGUUGGGUGAAACAUUUAGACUGAAUGAAGUAAUUGUUUUUCAUCUUAUCCUUUCAGAAACUGAGACAAAAAUUGUUAUGGCUAAUAACAGCACCUGCUAAUUAAUCUGUUAUAAUCCUUUGACAUGUGUACCAGGACCCUUUAUUAUAGAUUAACCCCCGUGACUUAACCUCCAUAAAGCCACCCAUCACUUUCUAGAACCUGACCUUGUCAACACAUAUUCCUCCAUCUCUCUUUUUUGUAUUUUCAGUAAGUGACUUCUCAAGCUCCCAGGUGGUGUCCCCCAUUCCAAAUGUAGCUUCAAAGACCAUCCUCUCUGUCACUGUGGUCAACAAUCAGUUGUCUCAAUCAGCAGCGUGUUUGUUCACUGAAUGAAAGCCAAGCUAAAUAGUAUGUCCCUAGCCUGGAAUUCCUAUAGAAGGAGAGAAGGAAAAGCAUCACCGUUGGAGCAUCUGCAUCCUUCACUGGUGAGCUACUGAGUCCAGUUUGGGCCUCCAGUGCACAAAGAGUGAGUUCAGUGGAGCCCAUCAAGAUAAUUGGAGCUGGGGCAUGGUGCUGCCUCAUGAGGAGAGGCUGGAGGAACAGGGCUUCUUCAGCCAGGAGAAGAGGAGCAGCCUUCCAGUGGCUUUCAGGUCACCGAGGAGAUGGAGCCAGGCUCUUUGCAGGGGUGAGAAGAUGAGAACCAAUUGAGCUGGACUUGCAGCUCCAAAUCAGUGAAAACUGACUAAACAUUCUCUGAAGAUUGUGCCAUGGAAAUUGUCUUUUUCAGUAGGGGAAGGUGGAUAGUUGCUAGAGAAGGAGCUGUAAGCUCACACCCCACACCCUCUGGCACCACUUCCCUGUCGGGAAGGGCAGAGGGGAGGCAAUUUCACUCUCAUGGAAAGUUUUGAAAAUGUGAUGUAAUUCAUGCAGACACUGAAAGUCAUGCAGGCAUAGGCAAGACUGGCCUAACUGUGGUGCUUAGCAAGGAGUCCUUAAAAACAACUGAGGCAGUAAAACAGUGAGUAUAGAUAAAGCAGAGCCAUAAAAUUACCUGAGAAAACCCCUGUCUCCAUGCAGGAAACAAGGAAAGCGGGUCAGCAUGCUUUGGUUUUGUGUAGACUAAGGUACACUGUCCAAAGUGUGACACCUCAAUGUGCAGGAAACAACUGAGUAGAUAAAGGCAGGUGUAAGGAAAAGAGACUCAGAGGUCACCAAUAAACAGAAGCACAUACAUUUUACUGAAGUUGUUCCAACAGUGCUGUGUGUUCUGGAGUAAAAACACCAAAGUUUUUAGAUUCAGAACUCAAGCUACUUCUAUACUUCAAUAUUGUGUUCUUCAUUUUGGCCCAGAAAUUUAUGGGUUGUUUUUUCAAAACCUCUAUUCAAAUCUCUUCUGUUACCUGUCCUUGGUUAGAGAUUCCACUGGCCUCAGCCAGUGCUCUGUUACUGAAAUUGGAGUUUCUUCUUCGACCAUGAUUUUGCUGAAGAAGACAUUUACAGCUUUGUAGUUCACUGUUAUUUUGCAAUCAUAAAACUCUUUUUGCCCACAGUAAUCUCACAGUAAUUUUUUUUUCCUGUUCUGCUGUGAUAAGCAUGGAUUGCGGGAGAAGUACCAACCACUGUUCUAUACUUUUUCCAGAUCCACAUGCCAGCUUUUCCUUAUGCUCCACACAGGAACAUCUUCAGUGUAGUGAAAUGAUGUCCAGGAGUGCAGGACACAGAGCCUAGCUCAUGACAGCCACAUGCAGGACACCAGGGUUUAGGCCCAGUCAACUGUUAAUUGCUAUUUUGCUCUUUUUUUGCUGUAAUUUUGUCUUUGCUGUUGCAGCUGUGGCUGAGGAUCUCAGGGGUGAGUCAGGAGUCUCAGCAAUCGCUUCUGCCUGAGCCAACGUGCAGCCAGGCACAACAAAAUCUGGCUAUGACUGCUUUGGUCCUCCCUCACUUCCUCACCCCUGGGAAUUUUGGAGAGGUGACUGAUGAGGGAAUUCUGUUCUUUCUGCAUGUCUGAGUUUGGCCUAACUGACAGUGAGUAGACAGGAAGGAAUGGGUUUACUGGCACCUCUCUGCAAGUUUAGCACUCUCCUUAACUUUCAUUUUCGCCCUCGGAUGGUCAGACUGGGAAAUUUUCCACCCUGCCCUGCCAUCAUUUGACAUUCAAUCUUCCACUGGAGAACAGGACAUGGUAAACAAAACAUUGCACUUUCCACACUAAACUGCUGCUUUAAACGUACCUGAAACCUGCAGAAACUGAAAAACAGUCUAGACUGGGCUGGGAUCCUGCUUUUAUUUGCAUGUUUUCAAGUGCCAAGGCCUGGAUCUUUUAUUUUGCUUUUGGUAGAGUUAUUAUCCUCACUUUAUCAGGAGCAUUUUGAAAUAAUAAAGAAGCCAAUGAAGAAGGGCCUACAGUUAAUGGUGAAUAUCUUAAAGUCCUUAAAGGAAUAGUCAGCAAUCAGGAACACAAACAAAAAAACCCCAAAGCUGCCAUUGCAAAGCUUGGGGGAAGAUUCAAACCAAACAAAUUUUCUUUGGGCAAUGAAAAACCAAACCAGUGUAAAAGAAGAUGACUGAUGGUAGUCAAUGAGAGGAGAUAUUUGGGAACUGCAAUAGUUAAUAUUGUUACUAACUGUAUCUUUGUCAGAAACCACCAGAUGUGAGGGUAGUUCUAACAAAUCUAAGAUGCUGAGUGUUUACAGGGGUUGCAGUACUGUAUUUAUUGUGCUGUCACAUGCAGCACUGCUGUAAAAGACAUCUCAGACAAUAGUUACAUUAGUUAGGAAAGGGAGUUAGAAGGAGUUCACUAAUGACCUAUGAAAUGCUGGGACAGUUGAACACCUCUUUGGGUUCCAUGAAGUUGGGAAGAUCAGCCCUCCUUGUCAUCAACUUUGCCUCAGUUGUCGUAGUUCUUUGAAGACUCAAAAUUCCCUGAUCUCAGAGGAGCAACCUUACAGCCAGAGCUUGAUUUGUAAAUGUUUUCAGGAAUAUGAGUGCUUGAGCUCAUGCAGAAUCUUGCAGAUAUGAUGUAUAUUAUAAUAUCAGACACAGAAUGUGACUCAUUUCGAAGGAGAUUGCAGAGAGCUGAUUGUUGAAGCUACAAACCAUCAGACACUCAGAAAGAAAACAAAAUUUAAGUCAAGAUGACAGCAUUGAAUAGGUCAAAGUCUGCUCUGAAAGGACACCUCUUUCAUCAAAGUUAAUGCAAGGAAAGCAACCAGUUUUUGCACUCUGAUAUGGCAGAGGAAGAAGUGUCUGUUCAAAUGGGCAGAAUUGGUUUUCUGAAGGAAAAACCUUCCAAGCCCUGUAGAAUAUUUGUAGAAGGAGUGCCCAGUGAGCUUGUUUAGUUAAUCUCUGAUCCAGCUGAGGAUUGAAUGGUUCUCUGUUGUUCUUACUAUACAGAGGGUUUUGUUAUUGAUUUCAAGUGAGUAAAAAAAUCAGGUCCUGUUUGAGCAACUGGAGUGAUUAAGCACUUCCCUGAAUGGCUGUACCUGAGCCAAUCCUUUUAACAGUUAUCCUAAGGAAAGAUGUUUCUCCUCCUCUGGUUAUCCCAAAUCUGAUUUUUCAUGUCCAAUCCCUACAUGACCUUUCCUAGAUUUCAGCAGUUCCAAGCACAGGGAAAUAAGGAGGGUGAAUCAUAACAGCUUAGAACCCACUGAAUUCAAAUGAACUUCUACUAAGAUAUGUUCUUUCUUACAGUAAUAGACAUUAGGAUUCCCCAUGUUCUAUAGAAGAAAGAGGUUAAUAAGAAAGGAAAGGAUGAAAAGAGAAUUUUUAAAACCCUGUUAUAAAGUAGCAAAUGCAAAAAAAGAAUGUAAAGGCAGAAUUUUCUGGCAUGGCAUUGAGUGGCACAGCUCUCACACAUCGUUUCUGCCUGCUGAUUACAUCUGCCUGAUGACUGGAAUAUUUUAAACAAAGGGAUUCACCUGCUAAUUCUGGUGAGAAGAAAGGCACCACAUUAAAGAAAAAUCCAACUGUGAAAAUUCAUGAGCAGUGGAUGCUAAGCAGCACAGCCUUGAUAAAGCCAAGCAGAUGAAUGCUCAGAAAACUCAGGUCUGUUUAUCAAGAGGUUCAUCUCUAGCAAUCCUGGAUGGGAUGCAUACAGGAGAUCUCGUGCAUGAACACGUGUGCACAGCACUUGCUUUGCCUCUAGAAAUGCUUUACACAAUCAUCUAAUAUUCAUUUUCAAAUAGAGAAGCUAGACACAGAGAGAAGAAAACACCUUGCCCAAGCUUGCCCAGUAAAAGAGUGACAGAUGAGAAAAGAACACACAUUUCCUCAUUUCCUCAUUUCUCUGGCUGCCUUAUGCCUCAUUUCUGUAGGUCUUUGGUCAGCCACUGUAAAUCUUUCCCUAGUUAUCAAUGUACCUCAUUUGAUUCACAUUAUCCGGCAGAUUUAUUAGUCAUCUUUAAUUUGUAAACAGUUUCCUUAAAAUAGCCAUACAUAAUAUCAGAAACAAAUAAGGCAGGUCAAAAUCCUUGUUGGGGCACUGUCUGGCACCAGACUCGUGGGCUGCAGGUGCCUGACAGCACUGGGCACUGCUGCCAGCCCUGUCCCAAGGGGGUUCUGCCUUCCAGACUGGAAGGAGACUGGCCUUCCUUCUUCCAAGGAGAAGCCUGCUUCUCUAAAAGGUACAUGUCCACAUGUUGUCUGACAUUGAAAAUCAGCUCAGCAAUCCCAUCUUUCUCAUCCAGCUGUCCCUCUGGGAUUCCCACUCACAGCAUGGUGGGAAUGGUUUGUACUUCAGGAAGUUGCAGUUUCCUUCCAGUAUUCCCAAUACUUUGGAAAAGCACCAAGGGACAAAUCUCACAAGCAGCAACAGGCAGAACAGGGAGCUCUGGAGACCAAGAAAUUCUACAAAUACUCUAUUGAGAAAGAUCCUUUAAAACUUGAUGAAAAGUAAGGAAGUGUGUAUAGGUGAAACUUAAAAUACCUGUCCUUAGUUAUAAGCAUGUGGUUAAAUGCUUUCCUGGCUUGUACUGUAAAACUCUACAGCUCUGUAACAUUUCUCUUGAAGUUGCUCACUCUUCCUACAGCCAUGGCUGGUGUACAGGAGGAUGCCUGGAGACUGGCCACACAAGGAUAAAAGCUGUAAGAAGCCCUUUUCAUUUUAACACUGUGUGCAAGGCUGCAAACAGUGUUCAGUGUGAUACCCUGCCCUUUCCAGGAGCACCAGCAGGAGUCAAGGCUGCAGCAGGGAAGGAGGGAUGCUGAGAGCAGCAGGAGCUGCCUCCCUCCUCACAGCGGUUGUGUAAUGCUGCUCACCCAGCAGCCACACACCCUCCACUUCUCCAAGUGGACAGGACAGGAAUCAGGGGAAUCCCCAGUUGCACUAUCCAUGUCCAGCCUUGCUCAGAGCUAUUUUGCAUACAUGGUCUGCACUAUAAAAUGCUUUUUCCUCCUGGGAGGGAUACAGAGCCUGGGAGCUGGAAGGCAAGAAGCUCUGAGAGAGAGGAGUCUCUCCUGGCAGGGUUGGGACACCUCUGACAAAGCACGGUAAGAAGCACCAUGUCCAGGUGUUCGUUCUGUCAUUCAUUUACUGCCCCUCACAGGCUAAGCCACUAUAUGGCAAACUGUAUCUUUUUUUUCUCUGUUAGGAGCAAAGUGUCAGACUCAGUCUCCUGCUCUAGUUCCAAGCAGUCCAGCUGCUCUGAAAACUUUGUCCCUCCUUUCUGCUGAUUUAAAGGUUUGUGCAUGUAACUGCUAACACUGACAGUGCUACCCACAGGACCCCACGAGGCUGGACACAAAGCAGCUUCUUGCUCUGAGCGCCAGUGAAGGGAAAUAAGUGUUCCCACAUCACACAAAACAAGGUUUCAGCGCAGUGAAGUAAAACCACCCAAAGAAACCACACGAAAUGCUGUGCCCGUGGCAGUUUGUGUUCAAAUCUCGUGCUGCCAGGAGCCAGUACCCCAGAGAGAAGGAUAUCAACAACAACGUGGAGAAAAAUAGGAAGAUCCAUGGCUCAGAAAAGGAUGAUGCCAAAUUGCACAGUCCCAGCAAGAAGCAGAUGGAGAGGCUGCCUAUCCUAACUUCAGCAAACCCCUGUGAGGGAGGAGAGAAUCUCCCUCCAAAUGACAUCAAAGUUUCAAACCAAAUGUCAGGAUGUCCAAGACAUGUAAGAGUAAGAAACUUGGAAAAUGGAUCCAGCUUUCUUGACACACUACACCUGACUGCAAAACAGGUGAUCAGUUGCCAGACCAAAGCCUGCCAAGGGUCACUCAUGACCCCAAAGGGCCUGGUGAGAGGUCCCAGAGAUGGGCCAGUUCCACUAGAGGAUCUUUUACCUCAGGCAAGAGACUUCCUCAAGCAAUAUUACAGUUCAUUUAAAGAGCCAAAAACCAAAGAACAGCUGGGCCGGCUGGAAGCAGUGACCAAGGAGAUAGAAACAACAGGAACCUACCACCUGACAAAGGAUGAGCUGACCUUUGCUGCCAAGCAGGCCUGGAGGAAUGCACCCAGGUGCAUCGGGAGAAUCCAGUGGUCCAACCUGCAGGUGUUUGAUGCACGGGACUGUAAAACAGCCAAGGAAAUGUUUGAGCAUAUCUGUCAUCAUAUUAAGUAUGCCACAAACAAUGGUAAUAUAAGGUCAGCCAUCACGGUGUUCCCGCCCAGGACGGACGGGCAGCACGAUUUCCGCGUCUGGAACAGCCAGCUGAUCCACUACGCUGGCUACCACAUGCCAGAUGGCUCUGUCCUUGGAGACCCUGCCACUGUGGAGUUCACUCAGUUGUGCAUCGAGCUUGGGUGGACGCCGAAAUAUGGCCGCUUUGAUGUACUUCCACUUGUUCUCCAAGCAAAUGGCCAAGACCCAGAAAUAUUUGAAUUACCUCCAGAAAUUGUCCUUCAAGUGCCCAUGGAGCAUCCAAAGUACGAGUGGUUUAAGGAGCUGGAGCUGAAGUGGUACGCGCUGCCUGCCGUGGCCAGCAUGCUGCUGGAGGUGGGAGGGCUGGAGUUCACCGCGUGCCCUUUCAAUGGCUGGUACAUGGGCACCGAGAUCGGAGUGCGCGACUUCUGCGACGCGCAGCGCUACAACGUCCUGAAGGAGGUAGGGAGGAGAAUGGGACUGGAAACAAACAAACUGUCAUCAUUAUGGAAGGAUCGAGCUGUUGUAGAGAUCAAUGUGGCUGUGCUUCACAGCUUCCAGAAACAGAAUGUGACCAUCAUGGAUCACCACUCGGCCUCCGAGUCCUUCCUGAAGUACAUGCAGAGCGAGUACCGCGCGCGGGGCGGCUGCCCGGCCGACUGGGUGUGGAUUGUGCCUCCCAUGUCAGGCAGCAUAACCCCCGUGUUCCACCAAGAGAUGCUGAACUAUGUUCUCACUCCCUUCUAUUACUACCAGGUGGAUGCAUGGAAAACUCAUGUGUGGCAUGAUGAGACCCGGAGGCCAAGGAAAAAAGAAAUAAAGUUUAGCAUCUUGGCAAAGGCUGUGCUCUUUGCAUCCUCGCUCAUGCGAGGGGCAGUGGCCACCAGGGCCAAGGUCACCGUGAUCUACGCGACAGAGACGGGCAAGUCAGAGACACUCGCCAACAACCUGUGCAGCCUGUUCAGCUGUGCCUUCAGCACCAAGAUCCUGUGCAUGGAUGAGUACAAUAUUUGUGACCUGGAAAAAGAAACACUUCUUUUAGUGGUUACUAGCACCUUUGGAAAUGGAGAUUCUCCAGGUAACGGAAAGGCCUUGAAGGACUCCUUGCUCAGACUGAAACUGCUGAGAAAUAAAAUUAGGUAUGCUGUGUUUGGUCUGGGGUCCAGCAUGUACCCAGAGUUCUGUGCCUUUGCUCAUGCCAUUGACCAAAAACUGGCCCAACUCGGGGCUUCCCAGCUCACUCCAGUGGGGGAAGGGGAUGAGCUCAAUGGGCAAGAAGAAGCUUUCCGCAGCUGGGCAGUCAGUGCUUUCAAGGCUGCCUGUGACAUUUUUAAUGUCCGUGGGAGACACAGUAUUCAGUUGCCUGAGAUCUACACCUCUGAGGAAAGCUGGGACCCUACCAGUUACAGAGUAGUGCAUGACUCCCAGCCCAUGGACCUGGCUAAAGCUCUUGCAAACCUUCAUGCCAAGGAUGUAAUUCCCAUGAAGCUGAAAUUCAGGCAGAAUCUUCAAAGUUCGAAGUCCAGUCGUGUCACCAUUCUGGUUAAACUUCACUGUGAGACUAAUCAGGAAGUGCACUACCUUCCUGGGGAGCACAUUGGGAUUUUCCCAGGCAACCAGGCAGAAUUAGUCCAUGGCAUCAUUGCACGUGUCAAGGAUGCCCCUCCAGCUGAUCAGACUAUAAGGCUUGAAACCUGCAUUGAUGGUGGGUACUGGGCAAGAAACAAAAAGAUUCCAGCCUGCACACUACCCGAGGCUUUGACAUACUUGCUUGAUAUCACUACUCCACCCUCCCAACAACUGCUAAGAAAACUCUCCCAGCUGGUGACAGCAGAAGGAGACAAGCAAAGGCUGGAGGUGCUGUGUCAGAGCACAGAGGAGUACAACAAAUGGAAGUUUUACAACAGCCCGAACAUCCUGGAGGUCCUGGAGGAAUUCUCCUCUGCUGAGGUCUCCACAGCUUUCCUGCUGACUCAGCUGCCACUUCUGAAGCCCAGGUACUAUUCUGUCAGCUCCUCCUGUGACAUGACAGCCAGGGAGAUUCAUCUGACAGUUGCAGUUGUCAACUACAGGACAAGAGAUGGAGAAGGGCCUUUGCACCAUGGAGUCUGCAGCACGUGGCUGAACACAAUAGAGCUCAACGAAACCGUUCCCUGCUUCAUCCGCAGUGCUAACGAGUUCCACCUCCCGGAGGAGCCAGCCAAGCCCUGCAUUCUGAUCGGCUCGGGCACGGGCAUUGCUCCCUUCAGGAGCUUCUGGCUGCAGCGCCUCUAUGACCUGGAGCACAGAGGGCUCAGAGGAGGGGACAUGACCUUGCUGUUCGGCUGCCGGCAGCCAGACCUGGAUCACAUCUACAGGGAGGAGACUGAGGAGAUGAAGAGGAGGGGAGUCCUGAGAGAUGUCUACACAGCUUACUCCAGACUGCCUGGCCGAGAGAAAGUCUAUGUCCAGGACAUCCUGCAGGGGCAGCUGGAGGCCCGCGUGUGCGAGGUGCUGCACGGGCAGCGGGGCCACGUCUACGUGUGCGGGGACGUGCGCAUGGCGCGGGACGUGGCCGCGGCGCUGCAGGCGCUGCUCGCCCGGGCCCUGCGCCUCAGCCAGCAGCAGGCCAGCGAGUACUUCCAGCAGCUCAAGAGCCAAAAGCGAUACCAUGAAGAUAUAUUCGGGGCUGUGUUCCCACAUGAAGUCAAAAGAGCUUUGCAACCCACCAGCUGAAGAACAAAUCCACUUGUGUUUUAGACAAUACUUGCACAUUUGUUGUUAUUUUCAAAAAACAGAGUCAAAUCCUCCUUCUUAUACUUGUUCAAUUAUGCAUGGGUAUAGGAUUGUAGGAUUUGACUCAAACCUCAGCCUUAAUUAAGUAAUACUAAAUUUAACUUUUAUUGCUAUUUAUUCUGACAUUUUAAUACAUUACCUUAAUAGUGAAAGUGCAAAUUAUUUUUUUAAUACCAUCUAUGCUAGUAUAAUCUGGUGUUUUUUAUACAUACAAGGAAAAUCUACAGUUUUGUACUAAGUUAACUGGAGCUGAAAUCUUUUUUUUAAAUGUACUGUUUAUGUUUGUGACCUUAUUUAUAUCAGAUUGGUUUGCUUGCAUAUUAUCUUCACUUGAAAGCAAGUGAAUGCAUGGUUGUGUUGCUGGUAGUUGUCUGGCCAAUGAAAUAAUAAUGUGCUGGUCCCCAAGUGGCACCACCUGCUGCACCCACCUCAGAUGUGUCUGCUCAGCAGGUAGCAAUGGGGAAUUCUGCUUUGUGGGACUCAGGUACAUGAACAUCAGCUGUUGUUACAGAGCCUAUAGCAGGAAGGUUCCAAAAAUUCCAAAGCACUUUGUACAUUUGAAUGCUAUGCUCUGGUUUACUUGAUUUGUUUGUAAUAAAAUCUGUCUUUAUGCUCACACAAA